AUGGCAUCCACUUCCCCGUUGCUCCGCCACAUCUCCGCCACCACCAUCAAGCCUCCGUCGCAUCCUCGCACCCGCCUUCACCUCGGGCAGUGGGACUUCUCCAUGCUCACCGCACAAUACAUUCAAAAGGGCCUCCUCUUCCGCAAGCCCCGCCACCUCACUAUUGCUGACCUCAUCGACGGACUCAAGACCUCCCUCUCCGUCGUCCUGCUCCACUUCUACCCUCUAGCUGGCCGCUUCCUCUCUGAGCCAGCUCUCGACGAGCAGGGCAACCCCACGGGCCUCUUCGUGUCGGUCGACUGUGCCUGCCAAGGUGCGGAGUUUGUUCACGCCGUCAACGAGGGUGUGACGGUCGCCAACGUGCUCGCCCUUAACGGCGACGUGCCAUCCUACGUCAAGGCGUUUUUACCCCUUGACGGAGCCAUCAACUACGACGCUGUAGAAGUGCCUCUUCUGGCGGUGCAGGUGACGGAGCUGGACGACGGCGUCUUUCUCGGGUGUUGCUUCAAUCACAUAGUCGGCGACGACACUUCGUACUGGCAAUUCUUCAACGCAUGGGCGGAGAUCGCACGGUCGGGAGAAGGAGAGGAAGCCAAGCUCGCUCGUCCUCCAGUCCAUGACCGAUGGUUCGUUAACGGCUCCGUCCAGCCACCAAUUAAACUCCCUUUCGUGAGGUUGGAGGAGUUCAUCGAGCAAUUCAAGCCACCAAUUUACCGCGAGCGAAUCUUCCACCUGACGGCCGACUCCAUCACUCGAUUGAAGGCGCAUGCUAAUAAAGAAAGCGGAUUGGCCUCCAUGAUCUCCUCCUUCCAAUCCGUCUCCGGGAUGCUGUGGCAAUGCAUCACACGCACCCGCGGCCUCCCUUCGGGAACUCCAUCUACCCCAUUGAUAUGCAGCAAGAAGUACCAGAAGAUAGACCACUGUCUCUUCGCCCUCAAGCAAGGGUCUGCUGAGCCCUUGAAAAGCUAUAUCAAACGCUUUAACCAGCUCUCCUGUGAUUCAUGGCGUUCUUCUGAACUGGGAUUGACUCCACCUGAGAUUGCGCCCAAAUUUCAGAGGUUGAUGGUUGGCCAGCAGGCCGCGACAGGUCAAUCAAGUAAGCCUCCACUCGACAACGCAGGUCCAGGAAGCGAGCAGCCAGGCCACAGCAAGGAGCCAGGGGAAUCCCUGGAGGAUGAGAAUAGGGGAAAUGUAGCUAUCCGAGAGAUCGACAUGAUCUCCGAGGGACCCACAGAUGGAGAUGCCGCUAGAGCUCGGAAAUCUCAUGAGCGUCGCCUGGAAAUACACACUGUAGGAUGCAGUUGA